GGAAAAGGUCAAGAUUAUUAUGUUUAGAUUAUAUGGUAAGGACCUUUCCCCCACUUUGAUCACAUGUUCCCCCCCGCAGUUUUUGGAGAAGCUAAUCGUAAGCACUACUUGGCUUCCCUGCCGUAAAUAUGGGAUGUCAGCCAUUAUUAAAUGUGGCCCAAAUAGACAAACCUCUCAGCUGCUGUUUGGUGCUCCACGUCUUUGAAGGAAGAAAAUGCAAGCUGGUUUCAGGAUAAAACAAUGAUGUAUUUGUGGGUGGAAUCUUCCAGUAUGUUACAAAUGACAUAUUUCCUCAUAAGUUGGCAAUGAUGUGCGGUUGCAGGCCUUGUGCUUGACAAUUAGUGUCAUCAUUAUCAUAGGCUGCUGAUAAGGGUAUCAUUACUGCCUCUGAAAUAGCCUCAUGUGAAGACUGCCUGUGCUUCCCCUGACCACCACAUUUACACAAUGUCAUUGUAGUCCCAGGGUAAGAUGCCCAGGCAAAUAUCUAUGAUAGAUAUAACUUAAAUUUAAUAGUUGAAUACUUAAUUAUUAGUAUUCAACCCCAACCUGGAUGUACCUUUAACUUUUUUUUUUUUUUGCUUUGCAACUUUAAAUCAACGGAUUACAAGGUUUUGUUUUAUUAUUGCUGAAACUAAGGGCCCUCUUUGUCGAAACUCUACACACAAAAACCAAAAACAUACAAACAAAAUACAAAAUGUCUUACAUCUCUUUCAAAAGCAAACACUUCAAAACUAUAUACACUCUUCCCAGCUUUACACACAAACACCAAAUAAAUAGCUCUUUCCACAUGGCAACCGCACACAUAGCAAAUAUAGACUAGAACACUAAUUCACUGGGGAAACAAAAAAAUUAGUUUAUUCUUAAAACUGACAUACUUGAUACUUAUAACAGUAUCAGACACAGUCACUGUACUGAACUGUAAACAAAAUACAAGAUAUUGCAACUACAGUCCAUGCUAUCACACCAAAGAAACCUGAAACCUGAAUCCUAUUUGUGUGAUUUCUAAGUGAUCUGUUUGAUUGAAGGUGUUUUCACAUGCACAUUCUGGGUGCAGGUGCCUUACAAUUGAGUGUAGUAUUUCAAUGGCAGUGAUUAGCAAACAACACAAACAGGCUUUUAAUUUUGAAUGAUGUGUCGAAAGGUAACCGUGUGUAGUUAUUUUAAAAAAUAAGUGUGUUUAAGGUUUUUAAGUUGAUAUGGCUACUCAUAAAAAUUAACUUGUUCCAACCAGUUUUUCCACAUUAUUUGUCAACUCAUCCAAAUAAUGUUUGCAAUUUAUCUAAAUCAUUAAAUAAGAAGUUUGAUCAUAGCAACCAUACAUUUAUUUAAGUUUUAAAGUACACUAGUUUUAGAGUACACUGUUGUCCACAGGACUUUUGUUGGCCUCUAUCACUGAUGCCUGUCUCUCUAGAGGAUUCAUACCUGUGCCAUAUCCUUUUCAUCCUGUCAUAUGACUGAUAUUUCUGUACUCUGGUUUGCAGCCUUUCUGUGAUUGGUACAUUCUUUCUCAGUAAACUUGUUACAGAUUUCAUUUUUAUUUGAAACUGGUCACACCUUGGAAACAGGGGAUCACUGUUGAGCAAUGAAAAACAAUCCCUAUAAACAACAGGCUGCAUUACUGAUGAUUUGGGAGUGUCACAGUAAAGGGGUGUUUGCGCUCAUGCAAUCAGUUAUAAAUUUAAGCAAUCACUUCAGUUCAGUUUGCAGACCGACUCUGUUCUGUUUAUUUGCAUUGAAAAAGGCUGAAUGAAUCUAUAAUGAUACUGCAUUGUUAAACAAUUAAAGAUGGAUGCUUAAAGUAAGGGGAAUACUUCCACAGGAAUUGCAGAAAAACAAGUUCUGCAAGUUAGUUUGUUCCUGGAAAAUUCCUCCUGAAAUCUUCCUGUUAUAUUCCUGUAUGGACCUGAGUUUAGCAACAUUGAACAGUGAAUGUCCUCUCUGGUUUGUAUUAUUAAAGGAGUAACUUAUAAGUUAACAAAAUACAGAAUAUUCCUAUGAAGUCUGAUAUUACUGGGGAAUGUAUUAACUGUGACAUGUCUGUGUAGUUUAGCUGCAUGACUGUAUUGAGUCAUGUUUCUUAUAAAACGUAUGCUGUGUAAUAUCCUAAACGCACGACCAAAGUCAUAGGAGUCCAGCCCAGUCAGAACUGGUGACAUCUGUCAAAAAGGUGGGUGGGGUAUAAGGGGGCAGGUAGGUAGGCUGCUACCUCACUCCAUCCAGAUUUGGAGAAAGCCUUCCCUCCCGACCUGAGGUCCCACACGCACACAGUGGGUGUGUAUUGUGCACAGAUAGCAUCACUCAGCGGGCUGCUGUUGGACGCACGUACGCACCGCCGCCGCCGCCGCCGCCACGCACCCACCGGACAGACGCCCAUGAUGAGAGGCUGCUCCAGCCGGUCCAAGCUCACACAGGACGCAGCGGUAUGUAUGACCAACUGUCCCACCCUGAUUGUGACAGUGGGCCUCCCUGCCAGAGGGAAGACCUAUAUCUCCAAGAAACUGACCCGCUAUCUGAACUGGAUCGGAGUGCCCACUAGAGAGUUCAACGUUGGGCAGUACAGGAGAGAAUGUGUGAAGAUCUACAAGUCCUUUGAGUUCUUCCGUCCAGACAACGAGGAGGGGUUAAAGAUCAGACGACAGUGUGCUUCGGCAGCGUUGAACGAUGUGCGGCAGUAUCUCACAGAAGAAGGAGGCCAGGUUGCGGUUUUUGAUGCAACAAACACUACCAGAGAAAGGAGGGAAACCAUCAUCCAGUUUGCAGACCAGAAUGGUUUCAAGGUGUUCUUCGUGGAGUCUGUGUGUGAAGACCCAGAUGUCAUACAGGAGAACAUAGUGCAAGUGAAGCUGGGAAGUCCCGACUACACCAACUGUAACACAGAAGAAGCAGUGGAAGAUUUCAUGAAGAGGAUCAAGUGUUAUGAAAACUCCUACGAGACUCUGGAUGAAGUCCUAGACAGGGAUCUCUCGUUCAUUAAAAUCAUGGACGUGGGUCAGCGGUACUUGGUCAACAGGGUGUUGGACCACAUCCAGAGCCGGAUCGUGUACUACCUCAUGAACAUUCACAUCACGCCGCGCUCCAUCUACCUGUGUCGCCAUGGUGAGAGCGAGCUCAAUGUCAAGGGUCGAAUCGGAGGAGACUCGGGCCUCACACCGAGAGGCAAAGAGUUUGGGAAGAAGCUGAGCAAUUUCAUCCAGUCACAGGGCAUCAGCGACCUGAAGGUCUGGACCAGUCAGAUGAAGAGAACCAUCCAGACAGCUGAAGCUCUCAGUGUGCCCUACGAACAGUGGAAGGUCCUGAACGAGAUUGAUGCAGGUGUGUGCGAGGAGAUGAGGUACGAGGAGAUCCAGGACAACUAUCCUCUGGAGUUUGCUCUAAGGGACCAGGACAAAUACCGCUAUCGGUACCCCAAAGGAGAGUCCUAUGAGGACCUUGUGCAGCGGUUGGAGCCAGUCAUCAUGGAGCUGGAGCGGCAAGAGAAUGUUCUGGUCAUCUGCCACCAGGCUGUUAUGCGCUGCUUGUUGGCAUAUUUCCUGGACAAGACGGCAGAAGAGCUGCCGUACCUGAAGUGCCCGCUGCACACGGUGCUGAAGCUAACGCCAGUGGCCUAUGGCUGUAAGGUGGAGUCCAUCAGCUUAAAUGUGGACGCAGUCAACACACACCGAGAAAGACCGGAGAACGUAGAAGUGUCGCGGAUGUCAGAGGAGGCUUUGCUAACAGUGCCAGCUCACCAAUGAGGCAGUACCCCUCACCCCACCCCCCAACCCCAUCCUUUUUUACCCUUCCUUACGCACACUCCACCCUCCAGACGCACAAUGUACCUGACAGACCUCUAGUCUUUCUUCUCCACCUUCCUUUGAUUGGAUUACUCUUCACCCUUCACUGUUCUUAUCUUCUGUCUUUCCUCCACUUAUAUUUUAAGACGUGAUGAUGGUGGUAAUUGACUGGAAUCCAGUUUCUCAUUUUCAUUAUUAAUCCUAUGACACGGAUCUUGUGUUGUGCACGUUCUCCCAUUUUUGGAGAAUUAAUGAAAAGCAGAUGAAGGUAUUUUCUUUUUGAAACGAUGCUGUAAUCCCAACUGUGAAGCAGUGACACUCCAACACCUUUUUUGUUGAAGCAGUGAUUAUGUGUUGUUUGUUUCCUCAUUGAUUAUGUCUGUUAGACUGAUUUUAAACAAUUUUAACUUUUACCAGUGUCUCAUCGCUAAUUUCUUUCGGGAGAAGUCAGGACACUCUAAUCUUUUACAGCAUUGCACAGCUCCAAACCAGGUUUGCACAUAAAAAAUCAACUGUUUUUAUUUCCUUAUUAAAUGUACUCUAUUAUAGGAUGUCUAACACUGUCUAAUGAAGUACAGACAUAAUUUGUUCUGUUUUUUUUUUUUUUGUUUAACAAUGUGACGGUUCUUACAGUAUAUUCACAUCAUGAUCAGAAUUAAGAAGAUAUUUCUGUUUUAAUGUUUCUAAAUAAACACCAGUCAACCAUUUAAUGUAUCCACA